CUAGACAAGGUGCUUAUUCAGGAUACGUACGGAAUCAUAUAAUUCAAGCACAAUACUUUAAAGAUCCAAAGAGGCUUGACAUCUAUCUCAAAAAAAAUAUAUUUUUGCCGGAUAUCAAUAAUGAACUUGAAAUCAAGAAUGUGACUUAUAAAGAGAAUCUGGUGACACUUAAUAAACUCGUGUUGAUUAGAUUCACUGAAGACACAACUCUUAAACCAGGAGAUACCGCUUGGUUCUCAUUCUAUGAUGAAGAAGGAAAUCUUGUACCUCUUCGUGAACAAAAGUUGUACAAAGAAGAUUGGAUUGGAUUAAGAACAUUAGAUGAGUUUGGAAGAAUAGUAUUUAAGGAUUGUGAAGGUCGUCACAUGUCUAUUGAGUUAGAUUAUUUCCAGGAAGAGGUUGUUAUUCCUUAUUUGAAUAACUCUCUUAUAUAUCGGAAAAAACCUUUACUUGUUAUUCAAACGUACUACGAGCUCGGAAUAGAUAAUACUAUUUAUCCGGCUGCUCCUGAUAGUUCACGAUAUUACGGGUUUUAUUUUUAUCCACCUUAUCCGGUUUCUUCGGCAGAUUGA